GAGAGAGAGAGAGAAUCCGCGUGUGGGGUGAAAAGGGAAAACCGUGAAAGGUGAUUGUCUCGGCGGGAUUGGAGGGAGUUUCGAUUUUCAUGUCCUUUUCCGCUCUAAAAUCAAUCCUUCCCAAAUCUCUUUCAUCAGCUUCAUCUCCUUCCUUUCUUGUCUCUCCUACUUAUUAAACCCUACCCAUCUCUCUCUCUCUCUCUCUCUCUCUCUCUCUCUCUCUCUCUCUCUCUUGCGUGAGAGAGUGUGAAAAAAAAGUCUUGUCAGAUCUGCACAUUUCCUCCCCACUACCCACCACGUCUCUCCCUUGAGUCAAAACUUAUCUCCACAUAUACAUCACUCUCUCUCUCUCUCUCUCUCUCUCUCUCUCUCUCUCUCUCUCUAUGUAUAAUCAUAUGUGCAUUUCCGAAAUUGCUGCUUGAAGCCCCACAGCCUCCUCCUCGGCAAUGUCGGAAAUGCACAACCGUGCCAGCGUCGGCGGGGGUGGAUUUGAUCCGAGCAAUCUGCACUUGAAGAAAGAACUCACUCAAAUCCGUAAAGCCGCUCGAUCUCUCAAGGACCCCGGCACCACCUCCACCUGGCGCUCCCCCCUCAACUCCGCUCGAUCCGCUGCGCCCUCCACUGCCAAUGCGGCCUCAUCCUCCAAUAACAACCCUAAGUUCUCCGCCACCAACGGAGAAGGUCUCGUCAGCCAGCUCCCGCUCCGCCCCGAGACCAGCAACGGCAGCAGCGGCGCGAGGGAGAGGAAGGUGUUUCUGUACAACUGGAGGAGUAAUCAGCAGAGAUCGAAAAGCGGUCGAAGCCGUGGGCAGGAUGGGGAGUCCAGUGACGAAGACGAUGCGGAGGAGGAGGAGAGCUUGAGCGACGCGCGAAACGGCGGUGGCGGUGAUUCGAGGAGUGAUGCUCACGUUGGUGAUAGGUAUGCUUCGUUGAUGAUGUUUAAAUGCAGAGGUAGUACUAAGCUAGCCCCGUCGAUUAGACGGACUUCGAUUAGGAAGAAAACUAAGAUAAACCCUCACUUAGCUAAUGUGUUGAGGCAACAGAUAGUUAAGAGUAGGAGUUCAAAGCAAGCCCUAGAGGGUUCGGGGAGGGAUGAUAAUGAUGAUGAACAAUCUGAUGAUGGUACGGAGGAUUAUUGUAGUAAUGAUAACUCUGAGGAUUUACGGUUGCUUUCUAGGCUUAGUAAGAGGAAGAAUUGGCCCCAUUUGUCUUUGAAGCCUUUGAGGAAUAGUGGAAGAGAGGACUCUUCUUACACUUACAACAGUACCCCGGCGUUGUCGACAGGGUCUUUCAAUAGGUACGGCAAUAGGAAUCCAAGUACGGUUGGGUCGUGGGAUGCCACCACUGCAUCGUUCAACGGUGGGGAUGAUGAUGAUGGGGAUGAUCCUUUGGAAUUGCCGGGUCGCCAGGGAUGUGGGAUUCCUUGUUAUUGGUCGAGGAAGUCGACCCCGAAGCAUAGAGGGGAUUGUGGCGGGAGUUACUAUUCGCCUUCGCUUUCCGAGACUUUAAGAAGGAAAGGCAGCAGUAUUUUGUGCGGGAGUCAAACUAAGUACCAUAAACAUGGUAGGGGAUCAACUUCGAGUUCCAAAAAGAGGAGACUGAUUUCGAGGGCUGCUCAAGGUGUUAUACCAUUGCUAACCAAUAGCGGUGAUGGCCAAGGGGGCUCAUCUAUUGGGAAUAGUGACGACGAGCUCUCAACAAACUACGGGGAGCUAGAUUUGGAGGCCUUGAGUCGGUUGGACGGAAGGAGGUGGUCGUGCAGCUGUAGGAGUCAAGAAGGAUUAGAGCUUGUAGUUCCAAACGGGGAUGGGGAAGGAGAAGGAGAAGGUGAAAGUACACCGGAAACCAUAGGUAGCUUGAGUCAGAAAUAUAGGCCGGUGUUCUUUGAAGAAAUUAUUGGGCAAAACAUUGUGGUUCAAUCCCUUAUGAAUGCAAUAUUAAGGGGAAGGAUUGCCCAUAUUUAUAUGUUCCAAGGUCCUCGUGGGUCUGGGAAGACAUCAACGGCCAGGAUAUUUGCAGCUGCCUUGAAUUGCCUUGCCAGUAAAGAGUCCAAACCAUGUGGGGUCUGUAGGGAAUGUGCUGAUUUCAUCUCUGGUAAGACCAAUGAUCUCAUAGAAGUUGAUAGCACUAGUAAGAAGGGAAUCGACAGAGUUAAGCACCUUUUAAAAAACCUGUCCGUUGGUCCUUCAUCAGCAUUUUCACGAUACAGAGUUUUUAUUAUCGAUGAGUGUCACUUGUUGCCUUCUAAGAUGUGGCUGGCAUUUCUUAAGUCUCUCGAGGAACCACCUCCGCGUGUUGUGUUCAUAUUUGUGACUGCUGAUCUUGACAAUGUGCCACGUGCCGUGUUAUCUCGGUGCCAGAAGUAUAUCUUUAACAAGAUCAAGGAUAGCGAUAUUGUGGCUAGACUGAGAAAGAUUUCUGCUGAUGAGGAUUUGGAUGUCGAACCAGAUGCAUUGGAUUUGAUUGCUUUGAAUGCAGAUGGUUCGCUUCGAGACGCUGAGACAAUGUUAGACCAGUUGAGUUUGCUUGGAAAGACAAUUACUUCUUCUCUUGUGAAUGAACUUGUUGGAGUGGUUUCUGAUGAGAAACUUCUGGAACUUUUGGAGUUAGCCAUGUCAUCGGACACUGCAGAAACAGUAAAAAGAGCCAGAGAGUUGAUGGACUCCGGGGUUGAUCCAAUGGUUGUGAUGUCUCAAUUGGCCACCCUCAUUAUGGAUAUCAUUGCUGGUACAUAUCACAUCAUGGAUUCUAAGGACAACAGUUCAUUCUUUGCUGGGAGAAGCUUGAAUGAAGCAGAACUGGACAGACUGAAGCAUGCUUUGAAGCUUCUUUCAGAGGCUGAGAAACAGCUACGAGUUUCAAGUGAGCGUUCCACAUGGUUCACGGCAACCCUUUUACAACUCGGAUCCGCGAAUUCAUCAGAUUCAACUCACUCAGGAGGCAGUCGGAGGCAGAGCUCAAAAACAACUGAGGAGGAUCGGUCUAGUGCUUCUAAGGAGGCCACUACCCAAAAGCAAAGGGCCCAAAUGUCAACCUCUCCUGCUGUCGUGUCUAAAGCUGCUCUCCAAAAUCAGGCCAUUCAUGAGGAUUCUUUCCUAUUGGCUAAUGGGAUCAAUGCCAAUCCCAAGCACACCCAAAGAAAAUUCAAAAGUGGUGAUCUGUCAGCUGUUUCACACGAUCAAGUAAUGAUAUCCAGAUGCGUAAACUCAGACAAGUUGGAUGAUAUCUGGGUGAGAUGUAUUGGAAGAUGCCAUUCAAAAACACUAAGGCAGCUGCUUCUUAGUCAUGGAAAGCUCAUCUCUAUCUCUGAAGUUGAAGGUAUUUUCGUUGCUUAUAUCGCGUUUGGGGAGAGAGACAUCAAAGCUAGAGCUGAAAGGUUUUUAAGCAGUAUCACAAACUCGUUUGAAACUGUUUUGCGAUACAAUGUAGAGGUUAGAAUUAUACUGUUGCCAGAUGAUGAAACUUCUUUGGGUCGGAAGCAGAUGGACACAGCCGAAGAAAUUAGUAAGGAACGAAAAUCAUUCCCCAAUGCCAAAGAUGGAUAUUCUGAUAUUGGUUCGCGUCAGGAGCCGCUGAAAAGAUCUAGAGGCUUUGUUGAUUCUGAUGGUAAGCUGGGUGGAACCCUUCAGUCUGCUGCUGGAUCACCAAUCCCAUUAGCAGAAGGGAAUUCUAAAAUGAGUGCGAAGGAGAGAAAUCCAAUGCAGAGAAUAGAAUCCAUUAUCCAUGAGCAGAGGUUAGAAACUGCAUGGUUACAGGCUGUGGAGAAGGGCACACCUGGAUCAUUGAGUCGUUUGAAACCUGAGAAGAAUCAAAUCCUUCCUCAAGAAGGCAUCUAUCCUCAGAAUCAAACGAAACCCCUAAAUUCUGUGGACUUGUCCUCCCAGAAUUGGGAAGAUGAGUUGAACCAUGAAAUGAAGAUUUUGAAGAUUAAUGACAGGAAGGCUGUCCAGAAGGACCAGAUCGGUAAGAGGGUUGAUCAUUGUCCCAUCUCUCCGAGCUUGUUGCAUGAUAGCACCUAUGUGGGCAGUUUCAGCAAAGAGAGCAUGGGAUACGAAUCAGGGUCAGGAGCUGGAGGUUGUAGUGGCCUUUUCUGUUGGAAUAACACCAAACCUCAGAAAAAAGUAAAGGUUAAACAAGGGGCUCCUGUUCGUGCGCAUAGAAGUGCACGAUUUUCAUGGUUUGGUGAGUGUGCCAGAUCGAAACCGACUGAGAGAAGUUUCAGACAAUAAUUGAAUAGCUAUGGACCAUUGAAGUGCAACGUGCUUGGUCCAACGGCAAGGCUUGCCAUAAGCGUGGCUGGUGGCUUGGAUUUGAGUCAGAAGUGCCCUUUUGCUUUAACAUGAUAAGGUUGCGUACCUCUUGCCAUCCCAAACCGUGUUGCCCUUUCUUAUUUAACUUUCUUGUAGAGCCAUUUUUCAUGGAUGUUGGGAGGGAAAUGAGGAGAAGAUUGUGAAGUUCAUGCAACUGGAUUCCUGCAUUUCUCUUGAUGCAGGAAUAUUUUAUGAAAAUAAUAAGGAAAUGGAGGUGCAUUUUCUCUUCCAUUCAGAACGAUGCAUAGCUUUACUAGCGACUUAGGAAUGACUUUCCCGGAAGACCUAGUUUCACAUUCUUGAUUGUUUUCCGGACGAGUCGUAAAAGAUGUUCCGUUUAAAAAAUUUAACUUCUUAUAUUAUGGAGAAAAAUCAGGUGUGAUGGUUGUUUCAGGUUGUUAAUCACAAGGGUAUUCUUUGACAA